GUCUCCUCUGGUAGGUUCCACAAUGGUACAGCCAGCAUCACGCUGCACAAUGGUUUCCAGGCAGUGAAAGAGGGUGAUUCAGCAAGCCACUCUUUCUUCCUUUUUUAUUUUAUUAUCAUAUGUUUUCUCUCCCUUUCUCUCCUCUGCUUUAUUUUUUUCCCCAGGGUUUUUAUUCAGUACACUUUUUUAAAAAUUGGUUUGCCUUGAAGUCACCUGCCCAUCAUUAUAAUUUUUUUUAAUACCCCAUCUCUUCCUCCUCAGUCUGGAAUGUGGUUAAAAAUACAACGUAAGGUCGCAGUUUGAGGGAAGGGUUGCUGUACCAGGAGCAUAGUUCGCAGGCACGGAAUGGGCUAACACUAGAAAUUGGUACGAGCAGCAGGCCAGAUUCAGCUAUGGGAAUUCAGGCAUGAAGUUGACCCCUCUUAGAAAUUUCCUAUAGAUGAGACAUAGCACAAGCUGUGGUAUUUAUGAGCCGCCAUUUCUUGUACUACUGCAGUGAACCUACCCUGGAUGUGAAGAUUGCCUUUUGUCAGGGAUUUGGGAAACAAGUGGAUGUGUCAUAUAUUGCCAAACAUUACAACAUGAGCAAAAGCAAAGUUGAUAACCAGUUCUACAGUGUGGAAGUAGGUGACUCAACCUUCACCGUUCUCAAGCGCUACCAGAACUUAAAACCUAUUGGCUCUGGGGCUCAGGGAAUAGUCUGUGCUGCAUAUGAUGCUGUCCUUGACAGAAAUGUGGCUAUUAAGAAGCUCAGCCGACCAUUUCAGAAUCAAACACAUGCCAAACGAGCUUACAGGGAGCUGGUCCUCAUGAAGUGUGUGAAUCAUAAAAAUAUUAUCAGUUUAUUAAAUGUCUUCACACCACAGAAAUCUCUGGAGGAAUUCCAGGAUGUUUACCUAGUAAUGGAGUUGAUGGAUGCUAAUUUAUGCCAGGUGAUUCAGAUGGAAUUAGACCAUGAACGAAUGUCUUAUCUGCUCUACCAAAUGCUGUGUGGGAUCAAGCACCUUCACUCUGCAGGAAUCAUUCACAGGGAUUUAAAACCAAGUAAUAUUGUGGUAAAAUCUGAUUGCACAUUGAAGAUUCUGGAUUUUGGACUGGCCAGAACUGCAGGCACCAGCUUCAUGAUGACUCCAUAUGUCGUCACACGAUAUUAUAGAGCUCCGGAGGUCAUCUUGGGAAUGGGCUACAAGGAGAAUGUGGAUAUAUGGUCUGUGGGAUGCAUUAUGGGAGAAAUGGUUCGCCACAAAAUCCUCUUUCCGGGAAGGGACUAUAUUGACCAGUGGAAUAAAGUAAUUGAGCAGCUGGGAACACCAUGCCCAGAAUUCAUGAAGAAGCUACAACCCACAGUGCGAAACUACGUUGAAAACCGACCUAAGUAUGCUGGUCUCACUUUCCCAAAACUUUUCCCAGAUUCUCUCUUUCCAGCCGACUCAGAACACAACAAACUCAAAGCCAGCCAAGCCAGGGACCUUUUGUCAAAGAUGUUGGUGAUUGACCCAGCCAAACGGAUAUCAGUGGAUGAAGCCUUACAGCAUCCAUAUAUUAAUGUGUGGUAUGACCCUGCAGAAGUGGAGGCGCCUCCUCCUCAGAUAUAUGAUAAACAGCUGGAUGAAAGAGAGCACACAAUUGAGGAAUGGAAAGAAUUGAUCUACAAAGAAGUCAUGAAUUCUGAAGAAAAGACUAAAAAUGGAGUAGUAAAAGGACAGCCUUCACCUUCAGCACAGGUGCAGCAGUGAACAGCAGUGAAAGUCUCCCUCCAUCCUCAUCUGUCAAUGACAUCUCCUCCAUGUCCACUGACCAAACCCUGGCAUCGGACACCGACAGCAGCUUGGAAGCUUCUGCAGGACCGCUCGGUUGUUGCAGGUGACUAGCCGCCUGCCUGCGAAACCCAACGUUCUUCAGAAGAUGAGGCACUUUAGGAGGAAAAUAAUAACAAGAAUUAAAGUUGGAAAGGAAGAGAAAUAAAAUAUAAAGAUUUAAAUGAAUCAAAACCCUUUUCAACCUGCUUCUCCUACAGAGUUAUGUAAUGCAGCUAAGCUCAAGUGUAUAUUUAACUUAUAGUUGCUCUGCUUUGGUCUUCUUCCAAUGAUGCAUCCUGAAAAAAAAAGAUUUAAAGAAGCCUUUUUUUUUCAUAAAAUGUAAAAUUUAAUGGCUGGG